AUAAUAUUUUAAAAUAUGCAACGAAUGGUAUAUAAAUCUUUUAUUUUUAAUAAACAGACUUCACUGUUGCUGUUGUCUACGGUUGCUGUUAACCAUUGGUAUCGCCAACAACAGCCUAAGACCAGACAGACAUCAUAUCAAAUAUCUGUUAAGUCGUGUCUACGUUUGAGAUCACUUUCAGCGAUGAGGACUAUGAGAUUUGCUCAGUUGGCUAAUGAAAAUGAAAAUCAAUGGAUAGACAAUGUUUACAAUAAAUGCAUUAAAAGUGUGGUCAAAAUUACGCGAAAUAAUUUAAUUGACGACGAUCUCAUAUAUUGGAGCACCGGUUGGAUAGUAGAUUCAACUAUUGGCCUAAUUGUCACCAAUUAUCACAACGUUGAAGACUGUCCUUUCGUUAACGUUUGGCUACCGUAUGCUUCCCGAGUGCAAGACCUGUUGGCUGACUUACCACCUAAUGAUCCUAACUUAAGACAUUCAAUAAGCAUGUUGUGGGCGCAUGUGCUUUAUGUUGAACCGCAUCUGGAUCUGGCACUGUUGACAUUACCAAAGAUUAAGUCCGGACAGUUAGCUCAGCUUAGGAUUGCCAAAACAGACGCCACAUUUGGCGAUCAAGUAAUGGCCAUUGGAUUUCCUGAUUUGGACAGAUCAGUGAUAACCGGUAUUAUAAAAUAUGUAUACUAUAUUGAUGAGGUUACAGAAGGAUGGUAUAAGUAUAGGGCCGUCACGUGGCCCACAAACCAGUUAUAUAUGUUUGCACCGAUAACCGCUUCAGAAGGUUGUUCCGGUGGAGCAGUGGUCAACAUGGAUGGCCAAGUGGUGGGUGUAUUAUUUAGUGGUGGUUUUAAAUUACUAACCAUUACUAGAAGACAGGAUCUAUUAGACAGAUCUAAACGCAAAGGACAUGAAAUUCGUCAGAAAUUAGUAAAUGAUAGAAAACAGUUGUAUUCCUCCGGCAAACCAUUUAUCGGUGUUUUUGUCAAAUACAGUACUGAUAACCAAACCUGUUGUGUCCAUAAAUAUAUGCCGAACGCUGAGAAUGUCAGACAAAACUUUAAAAUUGGUGAUCAAAUUAUAACUAUCGAUAAAAAAUCAAUUAACAAUUUUGAUGACUUAAUGAAUGCCAUCAAUCAGUUAUCCAUUGGACAGUCAAUUGAAUUGAGGAUUAAAAAACUUAAUACACAAGAAGUGACUGCAAUUCAUAUUAAUCGACAGACUAUUGAAAAUUCUUGUUUUUUCUAA